AUGGCCUCUCUAUCCCCCGAAGCUAUCCUCUCCGCACUGGAAACCCUCAUAUCCAAUCCGAUUGCUCCACUCCUUGGAGAUCAUAUCCUGAGAACGAAAUUACGUCUUGCGGCUCGAGAUUUAUCGCUUGUUUUAGAGACACCCGCUGGUACUCUUGCAAGAGUAUUACUUUCUCAGCCUGUAGAAAGUAUCUGGAUUCGUAUCGCAUGGGAUCUGAAUCUCUUCCAUCUCCUCUCCACCAGAGCAAAAUUAUCGGAGGAGUUAGCGCAGGCUACUGGAGCAGAUUCUAUUUGCUUGCACGUCUCCUCCGUUGUUGAGCUGCUUUGGCGCGAUUAA